UGACGUAGUUCAUGACCAGAAGCGCAACAACCGGAAGUACACAUAGUUUCAGACAGUUCUCGGCGCGUCGCAGCGUUCCUCCGCGUUCCGAAGAGAAUCGCCAGACCGGCGUCCAGAUCCGCGUUCCUCUUGUAGAGUCCGGCCGAAGGAAUCCGUGGGUCCGCUCCGUUGCUAGCUGUUUGAACAUGGCUACAGACGAGCUAUCCGCCAAGCUCAGCCGCCGCCUCCAGAUCGAGGAAGGCGCGGAGGAGGCUGUGGCCGUGGACCUGGCCGUGGACCACGGCGCUCUGGAGAACGGCUCCGGGGACAAGUCGUGCACGGCCAACGCCGACUCGGAGCUGGGAGCGCUGCUGCAGCGGCGCGGGGAGCUGAACGAGGGUCACGGGGAGCCCAGCAAGCCCAGCACCAGGGUCUUCAAUCCCUACACCGAGUUCAAGGAGUUCUCCCGGAAGCAGAUCAAAGACAUGGAGCAUAUGUUCAAGACGUACGACGCCGGCAAGGACAACUACAUCGACCUGAUGGAGCUGAAGCUGAUGAUGGAGAAGUUGGGGGCUCCGCAGACCCAUCUGGGCUUGAAGAACAUGAUCAAGGAGGUGGACGAGGACCUGGACAACAAGCUCAGCUUCAGAGAGUUCCUGCUGAUCUUCAGGAAGGCGGCUGCAGGAGAGCUGGCCGAGGACAGCGGCCUGUGCGCCCUCGCCAGGCUCUCCGAGAUCGACGUCUCCACCGAGGGCGUGAAGGGAGCCAAGACCUUCUUCGAAGCUAAAGUCCAGGCCAUCACCGAGUCCAACCGCUUCGAGGCCGAGAUUCGCCAGGAGCAGGAGGAGAAGAAGAGGCAGCUGGAGGAGCAGAAGCAGAGACGAGCCGCUUUCAAGUCCCUGCAGUCGGCGUUCAAGUCUGACUAACACGGACUAACCCCACCCAUCCUUCAGGCCAGUCAUGUGAUCAUGCAGCUCCCUCACCGCCCGGCAGCAGGAUUGCCAAUCCAUCCCCGAGCUCCAUGAUCAACACGACUGGCGCAGCGCUCACCUGUGGCUUCGCUUCAAUUCGGCCGACCUUCUGCUCGUGUGCCGGAGCGACUCACUCCGCCGCGCACUCGUCCUCAUCCGUCUCGGACGCUAAAUUAGCUGUUAGCAUUCGCUGAUCAAAAGAAGUAUUCUAUGCAGUAACGGACUCCCGCUAGACAAUAUGCACACACGUAAAACAGACACCUUUAAGAGCAGAACGUCACCUUGUGAUCACUGUAUUGUUUUCUACAUUCCUGUCCACCAGCAGUUCCAAGCAUUUCCUCGACAAUCGUCCAUGUGUUUUCACUGAUUCACUGUAGCGCGAGCACUGUAACUCCCUUUUGUUUUUCACUCAUCUGUAGUCAGCGUUUUAUGAUUUACAGUGUUGAUGCCGAUCAUGUGACCGUCGCUGUUUUUAUGGGCUGGUGAUCCAACGUUGUCGUGACCGAAUGAGAGUUUUGACGUCGUGAGUUUGUCCAGGUCUGUAUUGAUUCGUCUCCUCGGAUCCAAACCUUCCUUUAGAUUCCUGCAGGGUACUUCAAACCAUAAUAAUAGGUUCGUGUCGGAGUAUUGGUCUCAAAGUAUUUCGUGAGUGAUUGCAUGUUGCACGUUUUUUACCCGUUUUUUUGUCCAAGAUUAGAACAAAAACAUCAAACUGGUGUGUGUUUAAUGUUCAAGUUUCAAUUCAGGAGUUUGAAAUGGUGAUUUUUGUGGAGAAAACGUGGAAAAUAUUUUAGAAGAUAUAUAAGAAUAUACAAUGAAUUUCAAGUGAAAGUGGAGUGACAAACGGAGCUGAGAUGUUUCUAUAUUUUCGUAUGUUCCUUUGGGCUUCCUUCCAUUUCCCGGCCUGCUCCUCCGCAGCUCCCCCCUGCUGUUUGACGGGCCGUUCCUCCGGAGAGGAGCGGCUCGUGCGAACCCUCCCACUUCCACUGAUGGUUGUUAGAAACUGUGACUGACUGCCUGCCGCUCCACUUGUGUUCUAGAGAUGUGUGUGACGUCACGGUCUCGGGACCAGAGCCGCUCGUUUGUGUGUAUUAAUGAGGUAAAAAAGAAAAAACUCACUUGAUUUAUAUUAAACUUCAGCACAUUU